UUAAAAUGUAAAAUAUUAGUGAGUCUGCCAGGUGGCGAUCGUUGCUGAUGCAUCACGGGAACGGUACCUGAGCGCUCACUUUGGUUGUAACCUCGAGACAAUAAACAUAACAUGGCGCAGUCGACAAACGUUUAGAGAAAGACGAAAGAUUCUCCCGUACUGGAUUCAACAUGUCCACGUUUCAAAAUCUUCCUCCUCCAAAACCAAUGUUGGUAGAAGGUGACUUAGGAACGAAUUGGAAGAAAUUUAAGAAAAGUUACCUACUUUAUUCGACGGCGACCGAACUCACGACGAAGAACAAUGAAACUCAAGCCGCCAUCUUGCUCCAUUGUUUAGGAGAAGAAGCACUAGAAAUUUUUGAAACAUUAGAACUUAGUGAGGAAGAAGCGAAACAGCCGAAUGUAAUUCUAGAAAAACUCGAGUUGUAUUUUAUUCCGAAAAGCAACCAAAGUGUUGAGAGUCACAAGUUCAACACUCGUGUGCAAGGACUGAGCGAAGCCUUUGACGAUUUUUUAGCAGACUUACGUAAGCUAUCGAUAAAUUGUGAAUUUGGGAAUUUACGAGAUCGAUUAUUAAGAGAUAGAAUUGUGAGUGGUAUUCGUGAUCAGAAGGUAAAGGAACGUCUACUGCGAGAAACGGAGCUAUCAUUAACAAAGGCAAUCGACAUAUGCAGAGCCGCCGAACAGACAGAGAGUCACAUUAAACUCUUGUCGAAUCAACCAAAGAAUAUAGAAGUCAACGUGAUAAAAGGAAAAUCAAGAGAACGUCUCAAUGAGUCACGUGAUCAGGAAAAUAGGUCGCGUGCAGAAACAAAGAACCAUCGAACACAGAACAAUCGUCGUGCAUAUCAAAGACCGGAAAAUAAGUUCCAAGGAAGACAACGGAAUUGCGGGAGAUGUGGUUACAGACAUAAUCAACCGAACUGUCCGGCAAUGGGCAAACAGUGUAAUAAAUGCAAGGAAUACAAUCAUUUUGCGAAAGUGUGUCGAAAUAACAUGAUAAAUGUACUGGAAAUGGCGCCAGAGAGUACAAACGACUAUGUAUUGGCGUCACUGGAAAGCAGAGGUAAGAAUCUUGAACUAGACUGGUCAGAGACUUUAAGAAUUUUAGAUUGUCAUAAAACUGUUAGUUUUAAGAUAGAUACUGGUGCACACGUUAAUGUAAUCCCUGCAUACAUUUUUGAGACUCUUAAUCUAAGAAGACUGCUAAAGAAAACGAAUAUCACAAUUUUGAAUUACGGUGGAAAUAGAUUAAAUGUGCUAGGAGCGUGUGAUUUAACAGUACGAACUAAGGAUAAAGUUAAGGAACUUUUGAAUUUUAUAAUAGUCAAGACAACUGACCAAGCAGCACCUAUUUUAGGACUCGAGAGUAUUCAGAAACUAAAUUUACUACAGAGAAAUCGAAAUAUCUUAGAAAUAAAAAUGGAAAGUGACUAUUUUACUAAAUACAGGAAUGUAUUUGAAGGCAUAGGCAGGAUCAAAAUAAAACCCUGUGAAUUUAAAUUAAAGGAUGACUACAAGGCUGUGGUAGUUCCUACACGUCGAGUACCAUUUAACUUAAUGAAUCCAUUAAAGAAAGAAUUAACGAGAAUGAUAAAUGAUGGAAUCAUAUGCAGCAUAGAUGAACCGACCGAGUUUGUAAACCCAAUUGUUCUAGUUCGCAAACCUGAUGGAUCCCUGAGAAUAUGUUUAGAUCCACAGAAUUUGAAUCACUCAAUAAUGAGAGAACAUUUUGAAAUACCGACCUUUGAGGAAAUCACAAGGGAUAUGGCAGGUUCCAAAUUUUUCUCUAUCCUAGAUGCAAACAAGGGAUUUUGGCAGAUUGAACUGGCAGAUAGCUCAUCAAAAUUAACAACCUUUAGUACACCUUUUGGGAGAUAUAGAUUUCUGCGACUACCCUUUGGAUUGACUAAUGCUCCUGAGAUCUUUCACAAAACGUUUACAGAAAUUUUUGCUCAUAUCGAAGGAGUCAAGAUUUACAUUGAUGAUCUUAUCAUUCAUGCAAAGGACUCAGAAGAACAUGAUAGAAUCUUAGAAUUGGUUCUGAAGACAGCUGAAGAAAAGGGGAUUAGGUUCAAUAAGGAUAAGUGCAAAUUUAAACUAAAGGAAGUCAAAUAUGUGGGACACAUCUUGUCAGAAGAUGGUAUUAGAAUUGAUCCAGAUAAAGUCGAAGCAAUCAAACGCAUCCCAAAGCCAACAGGUUUAAAAGAACUUAAUCGAUUCAUGGGCAUGAUAACUUAUGUGGCAAAAUUUAUACCGAAUUUAGCUAGUCAUACUGCAAAAUUAAGGACUUUACUGAAACAGGAUUGUUUGUGGCAAUGGACUGAGCAACAUGAUAAGGAAUUUUUGAAGCUAAAGAAUCUUUUGAGCAGCACCCCAGUCUUACAAUUUUAUGAUAAAGAUAAACCACUAGUACUCUCAGUGGAUAGUUCAAAAGAUGGAAUGGGAGCUGUACUACUUCAGGAAGGUGCUCCGGUGGCUUAUGCAUCAAAGACACUCACAGAGACCCAGAAAAAUUAUGCGCAAAUUGAAAAAGAAGCACUGGCAAUAGUGUUUGGCUGCCAGCGUUUUCACCAGUAUGUGUAUGGUCGUGAAAUUAUAGUUGAGAGUGACCAUAAACCGUUAGAGGCAAUUUUUCAAAAGCCACUAAAUAAAUGUCCACUACGCCUUCAGAGAUUAAGGAUAACCUUACAAAAUUAUAACUUUAGAGUAAAAUACAGACCAGGAUCACAACUUGUGUUGGCUGAUGCCCUUUCUCGAGCUAGCUAUGUGGACAAGAAUUUUGAUGUGAUGGAAUCUGAUGUUGAAGCUCAAGUUAACCUUAUCAAUUACUGUAGCAUUACUCCAAAGAAAUUUGAAAAACUUCGGCAUGAAACAAAAAGAGAUAAAGAGUUACAGUCACUGAUUAAUAUAAUAAAGGAAGGUUGGCCAGAACAGAAAAACAUGAUAGAUCCACUAGUCAAACCAUAUUGGAAGUUUCGUGAAGACCUGAGUGAGGUGAGAGGCAUAGUAUGUAAAGGUGAACAAAUAGUUAUUCCCAAGAGCAUGAGAGCAGAGACAAUUGAUAGACUACAUUAUAAUCACAUGGGAAUCAGUAAAACAUUAUGGAGAGCAAAAGAACAUGUCUUUUGGCCGUUCAUGGAAAAAGAAAUAAUUGAUGUUGUCAGGAACUGUCCAGCAUGUCUAAAGUAUCAAAAUUCAAAUCCGAAAGAAACGCUUAUUAACAGAGAACUGUCCACAAGACCGUGGGAAAUUGUCACAACUGAUAUCUGUCAUUUAUUUGGUAAAGACUAUCUACUAGUAGUAGAUACAUUUUCACGAUUCCCAGAAGUUUAUUGUAUGAAUCAGAACACCACUCAUUCCAGAAUAGUUGAAGCUAUGAAAUCGAUAUUUUCCAGACAUGGCAAGCCAGAAAUUAUAUACUCAGGUAAUGAUACCCAGUUUGUAAACAAACAUUUUCAACAAUUUCUAGAACACUGGGAAAUAACACAUAAGACAAGCUCUCCACGAAACCCUCAGUCUAAUGGUUUUAUUGAACGGCAUGUGCAGACUAUCAAAAAAUUACUUAAGAAAGCAGUCUAUGACUCAAAGGACAUUUAUCUGACCUUGUUGGAAUACAGAAAUACACCUUUAGGUCGAGGUAUUCCAUCCCCAGCACAACUUCUUUAUGGUCGUAGGUUGCGAGGGCAAGUGCCCACAAGGAAUAAUCUCUUGAAACCCAGAAUAGUUGUAGACAAAUUUAGAAAAAACCAUUUGCAAAGACAACAAAUACAGAAACACUAUUUCGACAGAAAUGCUAGAGACCUAACAGCAUUGAAUCCACAUGACCGAGUGAUGAUCCAAAUUGAUAAAAGAAACUGGGAGCCUGGUGAAAUAAUAGAAAUAGACAGAUAUCGACCAAGAUCUUAUAUUGUGCGCAUAGACAAAGACAGUAAAUACUUCAUUCGUAACCGAAGAUUUUUAAGGAAGUUCGAUGUGAAUAGAUUUAGAAACAUACAGAAUCAUUCAGGCGAAUUGUUGGAUCAACCAAGUGAGGAAGAACAGGCCAGUGAACAAGGAGAAAACAUGGAUAGUGGUAGUGAGGAAAAGGACACAGAGAAUGAGCAGUUGGAAAAUCAGGAGGUGAGCGGCAAUGAGGCUACAGACUUGACAACUCGAUCAGGCCGGGUGAUCCGUAGGCCAUCGCGUUUCAAAGACUUUGUGUAAGAAAGGGAGAUGUAAUAUGUAUUGUAUUAAAAUGUUAAAAUGUAAAAUAUUAGUGAGUCCGCCAGGUGGCGAUCGUUGCUGAUGCAUCACGGGAACGGUACCUGAGCGCUCACUUUAGUUGUAACCUCGAGACAAUAAACAUAACAU